AUGUUUACUGGUAUUGUAGAAUGCAUGGGGACUGUUUUGGAAAACAACCCAUAUGAUGACUCUGAAAGUGGAGGUCAAGGAGUUUCUAUUACUAUUGGCAAUGCGGGGAGUAUUCUCACCGAUUGUCACGUUGGAGAUUCAAUAGCCGUAAAUGGGGUAUGCCUUACUGUGACCGAGUUUAAUAACGACUCCUUCAAAGUUGGGAUAUCACCAGAAACUAUAAAACGAAGUAAUGUCGCUUCCUGGAUUCAAGGCACCCAGGUCAACUUGGAGAGAGCGGUAUCUCAAGACGUUAGGUUCGGUGGUCAUUAUGUACAGGGUCACGUAGACACUGUUGCUAAUAUUGUCUCAAGAAGACCUGAGGGGAAUUCAAUUAUUUUUGGGUUUCAGUUAAGAGAUCAAGAGUACUUUAAAUACAUAGUAGAAAAGGGAUUCAUUUGUAUAGAUGGAACUUCCUUGACCAUAAUCAAGGUUGACCCACUUUCGCAAGGUGGAGCCUUCUAUAUUAGUAUGAUAAAGCACACCCAAGACAAUGUUAUCAUGCCUUUGAAGAAAAUUGGCGACGAGGUUAAUAUUGAAGUAGAUUUGACUGGGAAGAUUAUUGAGAAGCAAAUUCUAUUAACGUUGGAAAACCAAAUAUCAAAGAAAGAUAGUACUUUGAAUACUAUGAUCUCAAACAUUAUCGAGGAGAAGGUUAGAAACUACCUAAAUAAAUAA